GCGGAGUCCUGUAGUGUUCGAGAUUUCCUUCGAAGGAUCGCAAGUGUCUUGGCGAGAGUCCUUUGCUUUGGACGUGUCUUGGUUGUUGAUAUCCUGGAGGUUCAAGAUUUGUUGAGAUGUCUGGAGACGAUGAAUGCGCCCUUGUAUGCGACAACGGUUCUGGUAUGGUGAAGGCCGGCUUCGCUGGCGAUGACGCCCCACGCGCCGUCUUCCCCUCCAUCGUUGGCCGCCCCAGACACCAGGGCGUCAUGGUCGGGAUGGGGCAGAAAGACGCCUACGUCGGGGACGAAGCCCAGAGUAAGCGUGGGAUCCUCACCCUCAAGUACCCCAUCGAGCACGGUAUCGUCACGAACUGGGACGACAUGGAGAAGAUCUGGCACCACACCUUCUACAACGAGCUUCGAGUCGCCCCUGAGGAAUCCCCUACUCUGCUGACUGAGGCGCCUCUCAACCCAAAGGCUAACCGAGAGAAAAUGACGCAGAUCAUGUUUGAAACUUUUGCUAUGCCGGCCAUGUACGUCGCCAUCCAGGCUGUUCUUUCCCUCUACGCUUCUGGGCGAACCACUGGUAUUGUGCUGGAUUCAGGCGACGGCGUGUCUCACACAGUUCCGAUUUACGAGGGGUACGCUUUGCCACACGCCAUUAUGAGGCUGGAUCUAGCUGGGAGGGACCUGUCGGACUAUCUGAUGAAGAUCCUCACAGAAAGAGGCUACUCCUUUACCACCACGGCUGAGCGAGAGAUCGUCCGUGACGUCAAGGAAAAGUUGUGUUAUGUGGCUCUGGACUUCGAAAAUGAAAUGAGUCUCGCAGCUGCAUCGUCAUCUCUGGACAAGUCUUACGAAUUGCCCGAUGGGCAGGUCAUCACCAUCGGCAACGAGAGGUUCAGAGCACCGGAAGCCUUGUUCCAGCCCUCUUUCCUGGGCAUGGAGGCUUGCGGUUUGCACGAAACGGUCUACCAGUCCAUCAUGAAGUGCGACGUCGAUAUCAGGAAGGACCUGUAUGCCAACACCGUCAUGUCUGGAGGUACCACCAUGUAUCCCGGUAUUGCCGACAGGAUGCAGAAGGAGAUCACCAACCUGGCUCCUUCCACCAUCAAGAUCAAGAUCAUCGCUCCCCCCGAGAGGAAGUACUCCGUCUGGAUCGGCGGCUCCAUCUUGGCCUCUCUGUCCACCUUCCAGUCCAUGUGGGUUUCGAAAGACGAGUAUGAGGAGUCUGGCCCCUGCAUUGUGCAUCGAAAGUGCUUCUAACGUCACGAUUCGUCGCAUGUCAGUGUUCCUGAAAGAAAUUCAGUCCUAUAUAUUUACAGUAUAUUUUCUUAUCGGUGUGUUGUGGAUAUGUUCGUAAUAAAGUGUGUAUGUA